AUGGAAAUAAGCCUGGUGCUGAUCGUUGUUGUGUUGUGCUCCACUGCUGCUACCCUAGUUACUUGUAGUAGCGCGGGGUUCCACAUGGAGCUCACCCAUGUUGAUGGCAAGGGGAGCUACACCACGGCGGAGCGCGUGCAGCGCGCCAUGGCCAGCAGCUGGCAGCGGCUGGUGUCCUUUGCUGACGGGGGAGAUGUGAGCGUGCCGGUCCACUGGAACACCAGCCAGUACAUCGCUGAGUACCUGAUCGGCAACCCACCGCAGCGCGCGGAGGCCAUCGUCGACACAGGCAGUGACCUCAUCUGGACGCAGUGCUCCACCUGCAGCCUCAAAGGAUCUUGCGUCAAGCAGGGCCUGCCCUACUAUACCGCGUCCAACUCGGACAGCUUCCAUCCCGUGGCAUGCAACGACAGCUUGUGCUUGGCCAACCUGGAGCACUCCUGCGCCAGGGGCGGCAGCUGUGCUUUCGGGGCCUUCUAUGGUGCUGGCAUCGCCAGAGGGUCCAUUGGCUCUGAGGUCUUCGCCUUCCAAAACGGCACGGCGCGGCUCACGUUCGGCUGCGUCGACUCGCUGAUGAUCACUCCGGGGUCCCUCCACGGCGGGGCGUCCGGUCUCAUCUCUCAGGUGGGCGCCAAAAAGUUCUCAUACUGUCACACCCCCUAUCUGCGCCGCAACGCCACCGCCGGUGCCAGCAGCCAUCUUUUCGUCGGCGCCUCAGCGAGCCUUAGCGGCGGCAGCCCUGUGAUGUCCAUGUCUUUCGUGCAAGUCCCAAAAAAGUACCCAUUCUAUUAUGUCCCACUCGUCGGGAUAAGCGUGGGACACACAAGACUGCCCAUCCCACCGAUGGUGUUUGCUCUGAAACAAAACGGCAGCGGCGGGGUCACUGUGGUCACACGGUCCGUUCUCCGGGAACUCACGGCUCGCGUGGCUAACAGGGAUGGACAAAUUUCUUAUGACCGCUUGUUUCAAGCUAUUACCCUGUCGUUAAUAAAAGAGUCAAUUACACAGGCGGUAUCAGAACUUGGCGCAAACGGUCAUUUUGAUGCUAAAACUUAUAGCAUACAUUGA